UUAUUUUCUUUUAUUGUAUAAAACUACGAUACAACAUGCCGUCACAAUUAGCGAAGAAAAAACAUGCUAAAUACUUUCAAAGGUUACUACAAAUAAUGCCCGGUAGCAUGGCAGAGUUUGAUUAUUCUAGACUUGCUGUGGCAUUUUUUGCUAUAUCAGGAUUAGAUAUAUUGAAUUGUUUGAAUGAAAUUAGCGAAGAAACAAAAUUAGAAGCGAUAGAUUGGAUCUAUAGGCUUCAAGUAACUGGAGCUGGACCACGUUCCGGCUUUCAGCCAUGUACAACAAUACCAAAGGAUGUUCCAAAAUACCAGUGUGGUCAUUUAGCGAUGACGUAUAUUGGAUUAGUUACUCUUUUAAUCCUUGGAGAUGAUUUAAGUAGAGUAGACAGAAAAUCCAUUGUCGAAGGGAUGAGAGCUUGUCAGAAUUCUGAUGGAUCAUUUACAGCUGUCAUAAUUGGUUGCGAAAGUGACAUGAGGUUUCUCUAUUGCGCUUGUUGUAUAUCUAAAAUAUUAAAUGAUUGGUCAGGCAUUGAUAAAACAAGAGCAAUCGACUACAUUUUAAAGAGCAUUUCAUAUGAUGGAGCAAUGGGUCAAGGACCUGGUCUAGAAUCACACGGAGGAUCUACAUUCUGUGCUGUAGCUAGUCUGUUUCUCAUGAACGAGCUUCAUAAUGUAUUGACAAAUGAUCAGUUGAACAAAUUAAGAAGAUGGUGUCUGUUGAGACAAGAUAGUGGCUUUCAUGGACGUCCUGGAAAACCAUCCGAUACUUGUUAUAGUUUCUGGGUGGGUGCAACCCUACAAAUACUUGAUGUUAACAAAUUAUCGGAUCCUGAUGAAAAUAGAGCAUUCCUUCUCAAUACUCAAGAUACAAUUGUUGGAGGAUUUGCUAAGUUUGCCAAUUGUCUACCAGAUCCUCUCCAUACAUACUUAGGUUUAUGUGGUUUAAGUUUGUUAGGAGAGACUGGUUUAUGUAUGAUGAAUGCUGCACUUAAUAUUUCUGAUCGAGCAUAUAAACAUUUAUUAAAAAUUCAUGAAGUAUGGUAAUGCAAUUAAUAUUUAUAUGAAGUAUUUGCAACAACUGAAUAUCAUAUCAAACGCACAGAGCAAAAAAUAACGAAAGAAAUAACAUUUUUGCAUUUUGUCAUGAAUUAUAUUUGUACAGCUCUCAUAGAUUCUCUGUAGCAAGAACGGUUAUUCUAAAGAGGUCAAUUAACGAGAUUAUUAUGAUUUCAAGAUACGUUAAUAAUGAUUUCGUUGAAAUCGAGAUACUCGUUGAAAAUGUAUUGAAGCCCAUAUUAAAAGUGAAAACGGAGAAUACAUAAUAGUAUAAUUCGAAUGCAUCAAAAGUAUUAUUAUAUACAAAUUUUAAAAGUUCUAAUAAAAACUAUAUAUAUAUAA